AUGUGAUUACAGGAUGAGAGGUCUGCGCGCGGCAAUCAGCUUCGCUACAUGGGCAUAUUGUUUAGGCGACAAGCCCCGCGACCUUGAGUCCAGGAUCGAAUCGGCAUACGAAGACAGAGGCCAGGUCAAAUCACGCUUCAUUGUGGCCCCACCCUACGGCCAGAUCCAUUACUUGGUGGCGGGGCCGGAGACUGGCAGGGUGGUCGUGUUCUGCCACGGUGCCGCCUACACCGCCCACACCUGGCAGGUCACAGGUGUGCUCGACAGCCUGGCGGACGCCGGGUUCCGCGCGCUCGCCCCCGACCUGCCUGGGCACGGCCUCAGCUCCGCGGCCGACGGGCCCAGGGGCGGGUUCCUGCGGGCCUUCCUCGGCGUCGCCCGUCCAGCGGCUGCGGGCUCGAGGGUGCUCGUCGUCACCGCCUCGAUGGGCGGCCACUUCGGCCUCCCCUUUGUGCUGCACAGCGGGGGUCGGUCCGCGGCGGGCUACGUAGCCGUGGCCGGGGUGGCGGACGCGCUCGACCUGGACACGAAGCUGAGCACCCCCGCCCUGCUCAUCGCAGCAUCCUCAGGCGCAUCCCCACCCCAGUGGGUUCAGACUCACUUACCGCCACCGGCCGCGACACCCGACGGUGGUGACUGA